AGUUCAGUUGGUCUAGUUGUCAGAACCGGUGUUUCCAUUUUAGAGACAUUUUAGGACUUUGCUGUAAGGUCCAGCUGUUUGCGACAAUGUCCGGGGAGAUUUCUAUGAUCGGUUCGGUGAUCCUGGCCCUGUUUCUGGCUGGGUAUCUGGGUCAGCAGUACUUGCCUCCCCCCAAACCCAAAGUGAUCGGCCUGGACCUGGGCACCACCUUCUGCUCGGUGGGAGUCUUCCUCCCGGGCAGCGGGGAGGUGGAGGUGAUCGAAGAUGAGGAGGGGAGGAAGAGCAUCCCUAGUGCGGUGUCCUUCACUAGCACCGCGGUGCUAGCCGGGUACGAAGCCAUGGAUGUGGCGGACAGCAACCCGCAGAACACCGUAUACGAUGCCAAGAGGUUCAUUGGGAAGAUAUUUGAGCCGGGUCUCCUGGAGCAGGAGAGUGCCAGGUACCCGUUCCAGGUGGCGAACAACAAUGGAAGUGCAGAGUUUGUGAUCUCCACCAACCGCACCUUCACCGUGAGCCCAGAGUUCAUCGGCUCCAGGCUGCUGAUGAGGUUGAAGAAGAUGGCGGAGCGGCAGCUGGGCGCGCCCAUCCAGAAGGCCGUCAUCUCGGUGCCCGCAGAGUUCGACGAGCGACAGAGAAACUACACGGUCCGCGCCGCAAAUCUCGCAGGUUUGGAGAUCUUGCGUGUGAUCAACGAGCCGACGGCUGCAGCCAUGGCCUACGGCCUGCACAAAGUGGAAGUGUUCAAUGUGCUGGUGGUGGACCUGGGGGGAGGGACCCUGGAUGUGUCUCUGCUCAACAAACAGGGAGGCAUGUUUCUCACCAGGGCAAUGGCAGGUAAUAACAAGCUGGGAGGUCAGGACUUCAGCCAGAGGUUGUUCCAGUACACCAGCGAGCGAGUCCGGCAGCAGUUCGGCGUCGCCCCCAUGCUCAAGGAAGACAUCCACCGUCUGCGACAGGCUGUGGAAGCCGCCAAGCUCAACCUCACCCUCCACCCCACCGCCUUAAUCUCUCUUUCCCUCCACCUUCACGCGUACGAUGGCUCUGGGUCCCCCAAGGAUCCUGCUCCUCCUCCAGUUCACUUCCAGGUGGAGGUCAGUCGCAAUCUGUUUGAAGAGCUCAACCAGGACCUCUUCCUGAAGAUCUUGGUCCCAGUGAAGACGGUGCUGGCCGAGGGCCACCUGCAGAAAGAGGACGUGGACGAGAUCGUUCUGGUGGGAGGGUCCACCAGGAUACCGCGCAUCAAGAAGCUGAUCAGCGAGUACUUUGGGAAAGAUCCCAACACGUCGGUGGACCCCGACCUGGCUGUGGUCACGGGCGUGGCCAUCCAGGCUGGCAUCAUGGGAGGCUCCUGGCCGCUGCAGGUGAGCGCCAUAGAAAUCGCCAACAAACACCUUCGCAAGACAAAUUUCAGCUGAUCCUGAAUCAGGAGGAGGGAAGCUGCUGGUUUCCUGUUCCUGUCCACCGCGACGCUCCUGGUGGUUGGAGAGAAACGGCCGACACAAUUCGGCAAGAAGCCAAACGUGCGGCUUCUUGCUUUUGUUUCCUCUCUGACUGAGAAACGUGUCAGUUCCAAACAAAGUGUGUUGAAACACUUUUCCUGUGUAGGUGAUUUAAAAACAUGCUUGCUUUUAUUGCACACUCAGCUUCAGCAGUAACAACCGGUUUUAGAUGUGUUCACUGCUCUGUAGCAGGAGGUAUUAUGAUCAUUCAGGAAGCAGUUUAUUUAAACUUUGAAGACUAGCCAGAACAUUUUUCAUCUAUUUAUUUAUUUAUUCUCAUUGCAUUUCUCUGAGUGUGUGCUCAUGUGUGUUUUCAAUGGACCUCUGCUCUUCCAUCUGCAAGCUGAUACAUGGCGUAUUGGUGCCUUUUCAGAAAGCUGCUAAUCUGUGUGAAAAGCCUCGCUCCAUGUUAGCGCUUCUCAUACCACUGGUUUACUGCAAAUCACUGGAACCUAAAAUAUGAUGGUAUUUAGGUUCAUUUAAAGUUUUUUUCUGCAGAGGGGGCUACUUCCCUCAUAACUCAAGGGUUCCCUAUAAGGUCCAGACUUUUCAGGUAACAAAUGAGGGAUCGUCCCAGAAUGCUUUCUGUUUUAGUCCCAUGGUUUAUUUGCCGCCAAGUAUAAUACAAAAGACAAACUCAAUGCACUUUGAUUCAUACCCGUUGGCUAACUCUUCUUCUUUUGUGCAAUAACACACUGUAAACACAUCAUCUUGGUGUUGGACUGUCUGCUUUGGCGGCUGAAGCUCAGUUCUGACAGUCCAGCAUAGGACCCAAAGUGUUGUUCAUCAGUGCCUUGUUUGUAUAAUGUUGUUAAAUGUGUUUGUUAAAUGCAGAAUGUUUAACAGACAUUUAAGUGAAAUUAUGUCUAAUAUCUGCCUGUGGUUUAAUGCAUCUUUUUAUAAACCAGAUUUGAGCUUUUCUGCUUGUGGAUAAGGUCUCAGCCAUGACCUCAUAAAGGACCCAACAUUCCUGUCAAACAUCACAGCAUUGUAUCUUUUGCCAAACUUAAUUUGUAAAAAAAAAAGCAUAACCUGAAUUCAUGUUGAAUAAGCUUCUAUAUAGAGACUGUAAAGAUCACAUACACCCUUAUAUACAAGAUCUAAGAUCUAUUUUUGUACUGGAAGUUUUCAGGAUCAUACCGAAGUUACUUGAUAAAGAAGGGAAACUGCUGUGAAUUGCCGUUUUUCCACAUUAAAAUAUCAUUCCUCA